AUGGUGGUGGCGAUAGACCGAAAGUCGCAAGGAAAGAGAGGCGGCAUCGCUGCUGUCGUAUUCAUCACGGCAGUCGUACCCGUGGCGAGAAGUGGUGAAGCUUUUGAUGUUAUACCCUCUGAGCUGGAUAUCACGAGUGUUAUCAAUGACACCGUGGUAGGCAAACCGACUGCCAAAGACGUUCUCUACAUGCCUGAUAUGUCAGAAGAGAUGGUUGAUAAGUACAUGGCUACGUGGGAGCCACAGUCAUUGGCGGCUCUCGCUGGACCUGUCACAUUUUGCAUGGAAGAUUUGAACAUUUCGACUUGCUACAUCUUGUGCGAGAAAGAUCUUUGCCUUUCACCAGCUCUUCAGCAGAAGUUCUCAUCCACAAUUCCGAAGUUAAAGAGGUUGUUGCGUAAUCCUGGUGGUGAUUCUGCGAUUGCAACCGAGGUGGAGAAGUUUGUGGAACAUUUGAUUGGAAUUUCGGUGGAAGUUGAAGGAAACAGGGUUUUCAACAGUAUUUCUGGUGACAAUUCAUUCUUGGAUCGAUUGCCGCUAACGUAA